CAGGCCUGCUCCGGACCCCAAAUCCAGGUUCCCUGCCACCAUGGAGAUGGGAUCCUCGGCUCAGGCGCUUGCCCCUUAAGGAAAUUAAAGUCCCCUCGGGCUCCAGCCGGGUCAGGACCCCGCCCCCAGGCCCUCCUCCCGGGGCAGCUUCCCUCCUCCCCUCGCGUCCCCUUAAAAUACCCAGGGUCCCUAUGGUAACAGGCGCUGGGCGACAGGUGCGGGUGUUAUUUACGGGUCGAGCCUGAAAUAGCCCGGGAGGGCGCGGGGGUAGGCGGGUGGGGCGACGCCGGACGGAGCCGAGCGGCGUGUCUGGGCGGAGCGGGCGGCGACUUGCAGGACCCGACGGCUCGGAGGCGUCGCGGAGCUGGGGCCGGUGCGGCGCGGAGGCAGGAGAGCGAGAGGGGGCCCUGCCCGGGAGACCAGGGUGGGAGGCCUGCGGGAGGCAGCUGGCCUGGAGCUGAGCCUGGAGCCCUCCCGGCCCGGCAGGCCCUGGGAGCCCGGGGGAGGGGGAGCCGAGUGAUCCCAAAGGGACGCUGAGUCCCUUCCGGGUCCCAGUUGUCCUUCGAAUCCCGGGGGGAUUUCGUGCCCGUUUCCUGAGCCUCAGUGGGGACCACAGCCCUUCCCUCUGGCCCCGAUAGGGACCCCAGGUCCCCCUCCUGAGCCGGGGGGGGCAUCUGCCAGCCCCCUUCUCUGGACCCCACUGUGUCUCUGAGCCACUGUCCUCUCUCUCAGACGCAGGGAGACUCUCUUAUCUCUCGUCUCUGAAUGGCCAGGGAGACACCCACCCUCUUUUCCUGAAGCCACGUCAGGACUCCACUGUCCCCUUCUGUGAAUGUUGGGGGUCCUACGGCCUUUCUGAGACCCAGAAGGAGUUCCAAUCUCUUCUGAAUUCCAGAGGGGACCCAGCUUCUCCCACUCCAGACUCUGAGCCCAAAAGGAACCAGGAGGCUUCUCCUCUCAAACACUCAAGAGGCCCUCGGCCACCCUCCCUGGGUACCCCGAGCUCUGAGCCUUAGUGGGGUGCUCCUGGACACCCAGUUUCCCUCUGGUGAUUCCUCCCAGUGGGGACCCAGAGUGACCCCUCAGAGCCUCAGCCAGGGCUCAGUUCUUGCUCUGGAGCCCUGAGGUCCCUCUGCUGGAGACCCAGGUUUCAGCUCUGCACCUUGGGGGUACCCUGCCUUUCUUCUGGGUCCCACCUUCCUUGUGGAGUUUCUGGGCCUCCCCCAGGCCCUCCUCUGAACUUGGAGGGUUUCCGCCCAGAGGCUCUAUUUUUUCCUCUUCUAAGCUCCGGAGGAAACCUCAACUCCCCUACUGGAGGUUCUGGGGAAGGUUCACAUCUUCCUUUCUCAGAAUCCAGUGGAAACUGAGCCCCUCACUCCUUCAGGAUCACAGGCGCUGGCCUCCCCCCUCCCGCCCUCAGGACCCCUCCUCGGCUUUGCCUCUUUUGCACCUGCUCUGAGCCCCGCCGGGGCUGCCGCCUCCAGGAUGAUGAUGUGGUCCAACUUUUUCAUGCAAGAGGAGGACCGGCGGCGGCGGGAGGCUGUGAGCCGCCGGCGGGCUCAGGGGCAGCACCAGCUGACUCCCGAGCGGGAGGGAAAGAUCAAGCUGGGGCUCCUGCUGAGCGCCGUGGGCGCCACGCUGGCCGUGCUGGCCGUGGGCACCGAGUUCUGGGUAGAGCUCAACACCUACAAGACCAAUGGCAGUGCCAUCUGCGAGGCCGCCCACAUGGGGCUGUGGAAGAUGUGCACCAAGCGGCUGUGGCAGUCCGAUGUGUCCGCGGGCAGAGACACCUGCGGCCCCGCGGAGCUGCCCGGAGAAGCAAACUGUACCUAUUUUAAAUUCUUUACCACGGGGGAAAAUGCACGCAUCUUCCAGAGAACUACAAAGAAAGAGGUGAAUCUGGCAGCUGCAGUGAUAGCGGUCCUAGGCUUGGCAGUCAUGGCCUUGGGGUGCCUCUGUGUCAUCAUGGUGCUCAGCAAGGGUGCAGAGUUCCUACUCCGAGUUGGAGCUGUCUGCUUUGGCCUCUCAGGCCUGCUGCUCCUGGUCAGCCUGGAGGUGUUCCGGCAUUCCGUGCAAGCCCUCAUGCGGAGAGUCAGCACUGAGCCUCCCCCUGCCCCCACCCUGACCUACGAAUACUCCUGGUCCCUGGGCUGUGGGGUGGGGGCCAGCCUGGUCCUGUUGCUGGGGGGCGGCUGCUUUCUCCUGCUCACCUUACCUCCCUGGCCCUGGGGCUCACUCUGCCCCAAGCAGGGGCACAGGGCCGCCUAGAGCCACCUCUGUGCCUUUUGCAACUACUUCUAAUCCCUUCCUUUUCUCCAUUUUAUCCCCCAAAAUCUGCCCCCCCAAUCCUGGAAAGACUGUGUUCGCCUUGUUGUGGGGUGCAUGGGGUUUGCACAGACCUGCUUCUGCCUCAUCUUUUCCCUCUGUGAAUAUGUUCUUCUCCGUGGCUGAAUUGGGAUGCUUGGGGGUAGGAUGGGGAGAGGUUUUUUGCAAACGAGGGUCCCCAGGGAAGGUCGGGGGGAAGGGGGACCUGAUGGGGUAAUGAGGGAGUG